AUGCCGUGCGGGCAUAGGGACAGGCGUCGCCUCGGUUACCGGUGCCAACGCUGUCGAAGAGAUCAUAUCAAGUGUGAUGGCUCAAGGCCAUGUACUGCCUGCAAGCAAAAAGGAAUCCCUUGCAAUUCGACAUCUGUGCCAAAGGCAGAAUUUCAAAUGAUAUUCCAACGCCAGCAAUCAGCUGAUUGGGCUAUAUGCAAGGGUCCUCUUGUCCCCACAUUGGAGCAUUACAAUCGCGCCUUCUUCUUUGCCGUGGGGUCGUCUCCAGUUUUAACCACGGUAUUCGCGGCGGAUUGUUUGACGCCCCUUUUACAUGAUAACGUGCUCCUGCAAGACACUGUGUCCUUACUAGGCGGAUACUACGCCUUGAAAAACCCGCAGUUACUGUCAGUAUCACACGAGGACAAGAGAAGCUUGUUUCGCUCGCUGCGAAAUUUGCGAAACUUCGUUGCCGCAGAAUUUCAACCAAUAGCGAAUCAUGAUUAUUGCCCUCCGGUGGUUUUGAUCUGCGCUCUGUUACUAAGUUUUGUUGAGCUACUGGCAGACCCUUCUGGAAAGCUAUGGGAUUCCUGGGUUCGUCAGCUUUACGCUUUUGAUAGACGGCAUCAAGGAUCAAGCAGCUCACACAGUCCGCUGGGGAAGUCAAUGAGCAGACUUGCCCGAACCCUGAAUGCCUUGAGAGCCAUCUGUCUCCCACAAGACCCAGAGGCCGAGGUGUCUAGGCAAUUACCUCACCUUGGGUCCAGGAGGCUUCUGCUUAGUCAGGAAGGUGUUACAUUGGCACAAUGUCAGGACAAGCUCCUUGAUUGCUUGGCCCAAGACCUCGAGAUGUGGGCUCAGUUACAAUGGUGGGCCAUAGAAUGGAAAUCACUGACUAGCCUGUCCAGGCUGCAACAAAAUGGCGAUGAAACAUACACGACUGAAAGCAAUUUUGGUGGAAUCAAUAUAACUUGCAUCGCCUCCCAGUUUCAACGUGAUACGAUUGCCUGCGUGCUUUGGUAUUCACGCCAGGAAUUAGGGACAUUUGGAAAUGCCAUGCUCACUCUCUACCAAUCCGCGACAAUUGAGAUCUCACAGAUCUUCUCAGAUCCGUGCUGGCUGUCUCUAGGAUGUGAACUGCCGCUUAUGCCACUUCAACUGAGUUAUGAGCAAGCAAGCUCCGCAUUGAAGCAUGCUGAAAGUUCUCUCGAGCAUCUACAUCUCGAGGCUAUAAUUUAUGCGCCUGUUCUGUACGCCAUUGGAAUGGAGAUGGCACGCAAGUCGGACAGAUGUCGGAUCUUGAAAUUUAUCAGCGACGUCGAAAGGAAGGGGUUUUCGGUCACAAAACAAGUUGUUUCGGCUAUAAAAAAGGGCUGGCACUAA